CAAUGGGGGCGGCGGGGCGUGGCCCGGGCGGCGAGCGCGCGAGCGGCGGGCGCGGCAUGGCGGGGUCCCAUAAGGGCGCGCGGCCGUGAUGGAGCGCGAGCGGGCGGUGGGCGUCAUGUCGGCGCUGUGGUCGGUGGGCGCGGGGCUGCUGCUCCUGCUGCUCUGGGUGCGGCACCGCGGGCUGGAGGCCGUGCUGGUGCACCACCGCUGGGUCUUCGUCUGCUUCUUCCUCCUGCCGCUCUCCAUCCUCUUCGACAUCUACUACCAGCUGCGCGCGUGGGCCGUGUGGCGGCUCCACAGCGCCCCGCGGCAGCACGCCCAGCGCGUCCGGCACAUCCAGGAGCAGGUCCGGGAAUGGAAGAAGGAAGGCAGCAAGAGGUACAUGUGCACGGGCCGGCCCGGCUGGCUGACGGUGUCACUCCGUGUUGGCAAGUACAAGAAGACUCACAAGAACAUCAUGAUCAAUUUAAUGGAUGUUCUGGAAGUAGACAGUGAAAGACAGGUUGUUCGUGUGGAGCCUUUGGUGUCCAUGGGCCAGCUGACUGCUUACCUGAAUCCCAUGGGCUGGACCAUUCCUGUGGUACCAGAGCUUGAUGAUCUCACAGUAGGUGGCCUGAUCAUGGGAACUGGCAUUGAGUCUUCAUCCCAUAUCUAUGGACUUUUUCAGCACACCUGUGUGGCCUAUGAACUUGUUCUUGCUGAUGGAAGCCUUGUGAGAUGUUCACCAACUGAAAACUCAGACCUAUUUUAUGCAGUGCCUUGGUCUUGUGGUACUCUGGGUUUCCUGGUUGCAGCAGAAAUAAAAAUGGUUCCUGCCAAGAAAUAUGUCAAAAUACAUUACGAGCCAGUAAGAGGACUGCAGAAGAUUUGUGAAAAGUUCACUGAAGAGUCUAAGAAAAAGGAGAAUAGUUUUGUGGAAGGACUUAUGUAUUCCUUGGAUGAAGCAGUCAUCAUGACAGGAGUCUUGACUGAUGAAGCUGAGCAAAGCAAGAUAAACAGAAUUGGCAACUACUACAAGCCAUGGUUCUUUAAGCAUGUGGAGAAGUAUUUGAAAGCUGACAGGACUGGAGUGGAAUACAUUCCUUCUAGACAUUACUACCACAGACAUACUCGCAGUAUCUUCUGGGAGCUCCAAGAUAUCAUUCCUUUUGGCAAUAACCCCGUGUUCCGUUACCUGUUUGGCUGGAUGGUGCCCCCAAAAAUCUCUCUGCUGAAGCUCACCCAAGGAGAAGCCAUCAGGAAGCUGUAUGAGCAACACCACGUUGUGCAGGACAUGCUGGUGCCAAUGAAGAGCCUUGAAAAAUCAAUCCAGACCUUCCACGUUGACCUUAAUGUGUACCCUAUUUGGUUAUGUCCUUUCAUAUUGCCCAACAAUCCUGGUAUGGUCCAUCCCAAAGGAAAUGAAGCUGAGCUCUACGUGGAUAUAGGAGCUUAUGGAGAGCCCAAAAGCAAACAGUUUGAAGCCAGAGCUUCAAUGAGGCAAAUGGAAAAGUUUGUAAGAAGUGUGCACGGUUUCCAGAUGCUGUAUGCAGAUUGUUACAUGACCCGUGAGGAGUUCUGGGAUAUGUUUGAUGGCUCGUUGUACCACAAGCUGAGGGAGGAGAUGAAUUGCAAGGAUGCCUUUCCAGAAGUGUAUGACAAAAUCUGCAAAGCUGCAAGGCACUGAGCCUGGCUGAGCUCACCAAGCAAUCAGGGAAAGAGGAAUUUACCUAUAGCUAGUCAGUAUAUCCUUUUAAAAAAAAAGCUUUAUUG